UGUUUACCCUUUUUUCUUCUCUCUCUCUCUCUCUCUCUCACCGAGCUAACAAAUUGUUUACCUAUUCUUCGUCUACCACUCCCCUGUUCCUCUCUCACAACAUCGGUUCAGCUGAAUGUGAUGCACCUUUCCAAGGCUCUGCAGUUCUCACACUUUCCAUGUCCAAGCCCUUUUUAAGGUAUCCUUCUUCUGCUUCUGCUUCUCCUUCUCCUCCGUUAUUCCUUCUCUUUCUCCGCUCUCCCUUGUACCCAAAACAACUGGCCAAGAACUUUUGUACCCACCUCUCUCUCGAAACUUUCAACAUCACUUUCUCUGGCUCUUUCCAAGCGUUAGACCUUGAACGGUCCCUUUUUAUUGUGCUGAAGUUCAGUCUUGUGGUCUAAAUUGAGAUGCCCGUUUCAUUUUUUGAUUACUCUCUUGGAAACAGCCGCCGAAGAACAUCUUUGCGCCUCUGUACGUCUUUUAAGCCCUGACCCAAUUUUCUGACUUUGAUGUUUCUGAUCUGCUUGUAAACCUUCAAGGCCCUUGUCUUUUUUGGGUUAUGGUCAAUUUUUUCUAAAUACUAACUUUUGGUUUGUUAGAGUCCGCCCGUGUGGCGGUUCAGAUUAGAGUAAAUAUCAAUUGGACUUUGUGCUUUGAUUAAAUGGUAGAACCUUUCUAAAUGGUUGUAGCCUGCCAGGGUGUUGAAGGCAAUUAAAUCAGUUGGCUUUGAUUUAUUGAACCAAGUCCCAUUUAAUUGGGGCCAUCUUCAGCUUUGUACCUGGUGUUCUUCGAUCUGCUUUUUAAUUUCUAAAUUUUGGGAUUUUUAGAAUCCUGGUCAGUUUGACGAUAUACCCAGUAUUUCUUUGCUAUUUGGCAGAUAGAACAUGAGUUAAUCACAAUAGGGAUAUAUACAAUGGAAAGAUUGUAGACUUCCCAGAAGAAUUUUUUGGUUGCUGGUUGUUAGGCAGCGUAAUCAGUUGAGUUUGAAGCCUUGAGCUCUUCAGAUAUGUAAUUUGAAUUUCUAGUCGGUUUUGGUGUCCCGUAUUCCUGUUAGCUCCUUCUGCUGCUUUCUCUCAAAAUGACUGGAACUAGUCACUGUUUUGUGGAGUGGAAAGAGCAAUUUGUAUCACAGGAGCGUGGUAAUCGUGUGGUUCACUAUUUCUUGAAGGAUUCCUAUGGGGAAUCUAUCCUUGCAGUUGUGGGAACCGAGAGAAGCGUCAGGCACAUGUUUUAUGUUGUUGCCGAGGAGUUCUUGGAGGCUUAUGGGAAGGAAAAUUCCAUACAUGGUGGUUAUAAGUGGAGAUCGAGAAGAGAGGUUGUUGACUGGCUUACGUCUAUGCUAUCUAAGCAGCAUUUACAUGGAGAACGAUCAGAAUCACCAAAACAUGACCCAAUACACUCUGCAAUGGAUGGAGUGGCCACUCCACUGACCCAAGUACCAGAUGAUAGGGUUCAUAUUGCAAGGAGUUUCAAAGGACACCAUCCAGACAUUGUCUGGUCAGGUGUUGCAUGGAAAUGUGGUAAACAGCUCAAGCAUUACCCAGCAUUUUGCAGGAAUGGGACUACAAUAGCGAUUCAAUCCUUCAUCUUUGUCAUGGCUAAAGGAGAAAAUCAAUACGUUGCUUAUUUAGAAGAUAUGUAUGAAGACAAGAGGGGUCAGAAAAAGGUGAAAGUAAGGUGGUUUCACCACAAUCAGGAAGUCAAAGGGAUAAUUCCCAUACGAAAUCCUCACCCAAAAGAAGUUUUCAUAACUCCAUAUGUACAAGUCAUAAGUGCAGAGUGUAUUGAUGGUCCUGCCACGGUCUUAACUCGUGAACAUUAUGAAAAAUGCUUAGCAUCUUUUCCUCAUCCGUUAUUAGCCAGAAUACAUUUGUGUUAUAGGCAGUUCAGAAGCAACAGAGUGAAACCCUUUGACCUCAGCAAGCUGCGUGGCUACUUUGAUCAGCCAAUUCUCUCUUGUUUGGGUCCUGAUGCCUUCUCAAGGCCUGAGUUUAUAUGCCAUGGUCUGGCUGGGGAAGAAGCUGAACAGUUAAGCUCGGGUGAGAAUGUAAAGCUAGGAGUAAAGAGGACAAGAAGUGGUAGGGCGUGUCAAAGGUUUGCAGCAGAUCAUUCGGUAGUCAGAAAUUCUGUUAGAGUUCACCAGAUGAUAACAUAUGACCCUUAUGAGAACUUAGACUAUGGUUUAUCAGCCAGCAGGAGAUUGCUUUCCCUGAAGCACAUCGAUUGUCACCCUUGGUAUCCUCCACUAUUUAAGGUUGAUGGAAAGAUAGAGCUGCUCUGUCAAGAUAGCGGCAUCCGAGGCUGCUGGUUCAGGUGUACGGUCUUGCAGGUGUCACGAAAACAGAUGAAAGUGCGAUAUGAUGAUGUGCAGGAUGAAGAUGGAUCUGGCAAUCUUGAGGAAUGGAUCCCUGCUUUUAAAAUUGCUAUGCCCGAUAAACUUGGCAUGAGGCAUCCGGGUCGCUCUACAAUUAGGCCAGCCCCUCCUCCUAAGGAACAACUAGACGGUGCUCUCGAGGUUGGGACUGCAGUUGAUGCAUGGUGGAGUGAUGGCUGGUGGGAAGGAGUUGUUACUGGCUUGGAUAACUCUGGUGAUAGUACUAUGCAAAUUUACUUUCCCGGUGAGAGCAUAGUAUUGAAUGUACACAAAAAGGAUCUAAGAAAAUCCAAAGAUUGGAUGGGGGACCAGUGGGUUGAUAUACAGGGAAAGCCUGACAUAAUCUCCGCCUUAUCUGCAACUAUUGGCUUGGAAAAUAAGCUUUCUCCAUCCUCAAACAUUAUCAAGGAUAUCAAAUCUGAUUUUUCCGUGUCAUGUGCCGAAGUUCCUAGCAGUGCUAAAUUUAACAUUGGUGAAGAUGAAAAGCUCGAAUUAACUGCAGUUAUCAACUCUGAUGGCCUUCCUAAAGAUAUGGAAAGGGUCAUUGAUAAGAAGUCAUCAUCAUUAAAUGACAAAGGAACUGGGGUUGAUGGUGUUGGGAUGAAAGGCAGUUGUACUAAUGUAGAUGAUGUGCAAGGUAAUGACAACGAUGACAAACAUGACAAUGAUGGUGAGAAUGGGGAUGAUACCCAGGAUUUUGAGACUCCUGGACAGAAUUGUAAAGCAGAACUAAUGGAACUGGCAGCAUAAGAUGUUCAAUAGGAGCUAUGUGCCUUAAUUUAUGAUGGUGGAUGGUGACUGUAUACUUGGUUAGUUUUGACUGCUUGGGUCGGUUGUUUGGAUGCUUGUAAAUAGUUACACGGGUGUAGGGGAAGCUCAUUGCAUUCGGACUUGACUCUGUAGCCUUUGUAGGUGUACAGGUUUGAGGCUUAGAAUUUUAUGGUGGUUAUCGGAUUCUCUCGAGUGUUUUUAGAAUAUUAACUCCUUCCCUUAGAAGCACUCCAAAAUGAAUCAGAUUGAUUCACUUGUGUGCUUCUUGUACCUUGUACCAACAAAUUUGAAGACUGCCAUAAAGUCGAAAAUUACUUUUUUGUUUC